AUGAGCUCCAAUAAGAACCUUCAACGAAGUCCGGUCCGCAGCGGACUCAGCAAGACGCUCGCCACUGCACUCAUGCUCCCAAACCGGACGGAGCAACGUCCGUCGCCCUACGUGAUCACACCUGCACAUGUAUCAAGCACAGCCACGCCCUAUCGUACCCAGGAGACGAUAGACAACGAGCGAUACUACCAGGCACAGAUAGCGCAUCUACAGACUGCAUUGAUGCGAGAACAUGCCCUCUUUGUACGCUCUGUUGUCGCAGCCUCUAUUAUAUCCGGGACUUUACUAUUAUUUAUUGGUUUUCUACUGCUUCGACCAGCAAAGUGCGAUCAUGUCGGCCAUCGCAUCCAUAUACCAAUCUUCUCGCCCUGGACAUCCUCGCACGAGAAGGAGCAUCUCACUUCAUCAGGGUGGGGGUUCAGCACCAUCAUGCUCUUUCCGUUACUCGCCGUGCUCGCUUGGCAAAACAGAGACACUCUUUUGAUCCCUGUAUUCGAACUUUUGGCAAAGCAACUUCCGACUCUACGCAGACUUUUUAUCGGGUAA